CACAGCCUGGGUGACUUGGUCAAAGAAGAUCUCCAACCUCAACUGGUCAGUCAGAACUUGUGUCUGUUUCUUAUUUCCAGGUAUUCAUAGGGAUUGACUGCUUUUGAGCACUGAAAGCAAUCAAACACACCUGAGUCUGUGUGAAGAUUUAGAAUUUUUGUAGAGAAAAUGGCCAAGGUAAAUUUGAGCGUAGUGGCUUUGGGGAUCACACUGCUCCUGUUAGCAGGGACAUGGGCCCAGAAUCCCAAGAAGAGGCUGGCACCUCCAAAACCUCCCAAGGGUCAGUGUUGCGAUGAGGUGCGCUCUCUCAAAGUUCAGGUGGCAAAUCUGACCAGUCUCCUCGAGGAGCUGAGUCGCAAGCAGGAGACAGACUUGAUGAACGUUGUGAGGCAAAUAAUGGACCUGGACUCGCAGAACCGUCAGCAAGAAGCCCGGGUCACGGAGGCAGAGAGCAAGUAUUCAGAGAUUAACAACCGUGUGGAGAUCAUGCAGCUUCAGACCCUACAAUCUGCCACUCAGACUACAACAGACGCCAUAUAUGACUGUGCAUCACUCUACACCAAGAACUACAGAAUCUCUGGCGAGUACAAACUGCCAAAAGAUGAGUUCCUGGGAACCCCUGAGCUGACUGUGUUCUGUGACAUGGACACAAACGGAGGUGGCUGGACUGUGAUCCAAAGGCGUAAAGUCGGCCUGACAUCAUUCAACCGAGACUGGAAGCAGUACAAAAACGGAUUUGGAUCCAUUCGCGGAGACUUCUGGCUGGGAAAUGACCACAUCUUCCGUCUAACAAGGCAGCCCAGUAUGCUCAGGAUUGAGAUGGAGGACUGGGAAGGAGAGACUCGCUAUGCUGAGUAUGGCUUUUUCACUGUGAGUAAUGAGCUCAACAGCUACAAGCUAUUCCUUGCAAACUACAGUGGGAACGCUGGAGACUCUCUGCGCUACCACAACAACACCAACUUCAGUACCAAGAACAAGGACAAUGACAAAUGUGUGGAUGACUGUGCUUCUCUGCGCAAAGGUGGUUACUGGUACAACUGCUGCACUGACUCAAACUUGAAUGGCGUCUUUUACCGCUACGGCAAGCACAUGAAGAACUCAGAUGGGAUCACUUGGUAUGGCUGGCAUGGGUCCAACUACUCCCUCAAGAAAGUGGAGAUGAAGAUCCGGCCUGUGGGGUUUCAACCUUAAGUGCUUUAGCGGUGUGUCCUGAAUCAAGAUCAUGUGCGUGAAUGCAGAAAGAUCUCACUAAUACCUGUCCACCCAAAUUGUGGCUUUCCCUUGACUGGGAAAGGAAUGAAAAUGUUGUCUGUAAUGGUGUGGUUAAGUUUCAAAUGAAUGUGUAAUGUUUUUACCAUGUUUGAUUGUAAAUUGUAGUUCAUUUUGUGUAUUUAUCAGUAAAAUAUUUUAUUUUUUAAAAGCUUUGAUAGAUGCUCUUUCACCACUGUCCCAUAUGGGUAACUGGAUUUUGAUUCCUUCUCUCAUUUGACUUGAAAGCACUAGGAAGUACUUUUCAGUUAACACGAGCGAUUUAUGAGUAAGUCCUAACUGGUAUAAUCUGGUGCAGACAUAAGCCAUUAAGGACUUGUAGGAAGGAUCUUUGUGAGUUGCUGGAAUGGGACCAACCACCAAUGGUAUUUCUUACGAAUUAUGCUGCAUUUUAUUGUAAAACCCUAACCAUUGAUGAUGGAAAUGUCUCAAGUUGUAAAAUGUGUACAGCUCUGUAAUUUUGUUGUUUUAUGUGAUAGAAA